AUGGAGCAGGGGGAAGAAAGGGUAGAGGCAAGGAUUGAUAGGCUUGAGAAAGCGCUUUUGAGCGCAAUCGAGAUGAGCAACCCUCCUGCCUCACAAGAGAAAGAGAAAACUUCAGGCCCAGGAGAAGCUCCACCCCAGCAAUACUAUGGCCCUCAAGAGGGAGACUACCAGGCCCAGGUGAAUUCAAUAGGAAGCUGGAAUCUAGAUGGGAGUUGGAAUCAAGGGAAACAGAGGGAGACACCAUGGAGAACCCACCCAAACUUUAAAUGGUACGACAAUGAUCCAACCCAGCCACCUCCACAACAGAACACCAGAGAUUAUUCGCACCCACCAGAGAGACAGUUUAACUGGUCAGGGAGAAAUCAGGAGGGGCAGAACAACUGGGGCAACCAGAAUCAAGGGGACCAAUCUAAUCGGGGCAAUAGGAACCAGAACAACCAAGGAAACUCUUGUGUACCACCACACCAGAGGAGUAACCAGGGGAAUUAUCAGAAUUCCCAACCCAAUUAUCAGGGUAAUCAGGGGCCAGGAAACCAGUACAACAAUAACCCAGGAGGUCAAGGGAAUUUCCGCCCGAACCAGGGGAGUGGAUCUAAUCACAGUCAAGGAUCAGGAAAUAGUCAACUGAAUUCUAAGCCAUAG